AUGGCUACCGCUAUCUCCAAACCAACAUCGCAUACCCCGAAAAUGAAGCGUCCGCCCCCGCCUUUCUCACAACCUGGGGUUACUGGGGUCAAGCCUCAACCGCCCUCCUCUUCUCCACCCACCACCAACAACCGUAUACCUGGCAACACAUCCGCUAAUGCGAGUCCUAAUCUGACCAAUGGGGUAGCCAAUAUGGCGAAUUCCUCGAAAGGUACCCUGAAUCGGACCAGAAACCACCCGUCGCAAAAGCCCGGUGAGCAGUCGCGCAUCGGUCGACCGGUGACAAGGACAGCUACAGGCGGAGGUGACAACCGGGUAUCUAAAAGCCGGUCGGAACCAUACGGUGAGUCGCUGCUUGGAUAUCGUCGUGCAAUUGCUUUUCAUGAUACACCGUGGCUGACUAUGAGCUUCCGUUAUCUCGCCACAGUGAAAACAACUUCCUACAUCCUCAAGAAAUACGCUAAAUCCCCGCCAUCCCUUAUCGUACAUCUUCACCCCACGCAUUUUCGAUUCGAGCAGCAAGACGGAAGCUUCCCUUACAAUUCAGAGAUGAAGAUCAUAAUUGAACACAUCCGCGCGGGGACCAUUCCACAUGACUUGAUCGAGGAGCUCCUUCGUGGCAACGUGCGGUUCUACGAAGGUUGUCUCAUCGUACGAGUGAUCGAUCACAAGUCUGUCUCGGCACAAGCUAGAAAGACCUCACCAACAAAAACCAACGAAAACAACACUCCUUUCUCAUUGCAUAACUACAACGAACAUAUUACGCCCUCUCCCUAUGUUCCCUAUCCAAAGCAGAAUCACCUCACCGAUGCACAAAACUCAAAACCGGCUGAGGCAUCUACUGAUCAUAAUGAUGAAAAAGGAGCCAAUGCCGAGGCAUCUGAUGCUCAGCCCCAAGCAAAGGAUACCAUGGAUAAAAUCGCGCCUACCAAACCUCGAGUGUUCACUACUGUUCUCCACCCUACUAGCCGAGUAUUACAGGCAGAAUUAACCCUACUUGCGACUACGCCCGAUCCGAAAGCAGCAAAGGCAUCAAAUGCCGGUCAAUUGUCUCGCACACAGUCUGGAUCACUAGUUCCCCAAUCUCCAGUGGCUCCUGGUUCCCAGCCUGAUCGAGGCAAUCCCGCAAAGAGACAGAAGACUCUCAUUGAGCCGCGAGAUCUUCCAGAGUGUGAAUCACUGAUUGUGCGAGCUUUAGCUCCUCCACUGUAUCUAGAUCCCGUGGAGGACUUUGGUGCUGCUCAAAAGUUGCUCAAAUUCAUGGAGAGUCCAUUACACAGCAACCCUCCCCCGUCACCCAAGCGGCGUAAGAGAACAGUCGCAGAGCUUGCGGCCGAUGAAGCCCUUGCAGCCGAAGAGGAGAGGUUUAUGCUUAUUAUGGACGAACGUCUUGAGCCUGCAUCAUCUAGCGGGGCUGGAGGUGCGAAGGCUGCUGCGGUCGAUGAUGCAGCUGGAACAGCAGCUUUCGAGCCGCGUUUCUCGCGUUUCAAGACCCUAGAGACUAUUCGCAUGCAACUUGAAGAGAAGGCUAAACGUGAAUAUGAUGUGAAGAUGAAACAGGAUUUGGCCAAGAGACAGCAGCAAGAGCAGGAGAAAGAGCGACGCCGGGCAAUUGAGCAGCGACAGGCUGAGGAACAUGCGAAGGAGGAAACACGAAGGCAACAGCUUGCGGCACAGCAAGCGCAAGCGCAACUUGCCGCCCAACAAAACCGCAUUGCGCAAGCUAAUGGCGUUAGCCAAGGACAACAAUCUUCCCCCAUUGUACGCAAUCAAACUCCUCAUAGCACCUCUUCACCACUGGUUGGUAACAUUAUGACAACACAGGCUGUUCCCAUGAGCAUCAGUGCAUCGCAACAGUCAGGAAGUCCACCGAGACCACCAUCUUCCCUGCAACACGGACACCCUAAUAUGAUGGGCCAUCCAAUGGCCCCGUCGAGAAGUCAACAAGGGCCGAGUCGACAUGGAACCCCUCAGAUGACCCAGGGCACGCCGGCCAUGUCUCAUGCCACUCCCAUUAUGCGUAAUGUGACACCAACCCAACGUAUGGGCCAUGGCAGUCCAAACCACUCAACGAUGGGUCAGACUCCAGUGAUGAACCACGCCAUUCCUAACACUCAACAAAUGGGCAACGGAAUUGCUCUGACUCAACAACAACAGAUAAUGCUCCAGCAGCGCCAGCAAGCCCUUUUGGCUCAGCAGCAGCAGCAGCAGCAAGGCCAGAUGGGAGGGAACCAGUUCACUCCACAGCAGCUUGCCCAAAUGCAAGCUAGCGCACAUGCCCAACAAAACAUCCAAUCACAUGCUCAUCAACAACAGCUGUUACAAGCUCAGAAGACGCAACAAGCACAACAGGCCCAGCAGGCACAACAGCAGCAAACCCAUCCGAAUAUGCAAAACAUGCCUCGGCAGAGCCACCAGGCCUACCAGGCUCAGCUCAUGCGUGCUCAAUUCGCGCAGAUGCAGAUGGUCAAGCAGCAGGGCGGCGUUCCCCAGGGCCAAGCAGGCCAUGGCAGCCCGCAACAGCAGCAGCAGCAGCAGCAGCAGGGAAUGCCGCAACAGGGAAUGAAUCCUCAACAAGCACAACAGGGCCUGACACCUCAGCAACAGCAGCAAUUGAUGAUGGCUCAAGCCAAUGGCGGGCAAGUGCCAAACAUGCAAAAUAAUAUGGCUGCACGAUACAACCGCCUUUAUCAUCAAAGGCUCCUUCAUUUGCGACAUGAGAUGUCCCAACGCUACAUGCAACAAUAUGGACCGCCGAACCAGUACCCGCCCCAGAUUGCGCAGCAAUACGGUGCUGGGCUGGAGAAGAAUGCUAAGGCAUGGGUCCAGGAUCUCAUGCGACGAGAGCGUGAAGCUGCUCAACAACAGCGAGCUACACAACAAGCUGCUAUGCAAGCUCAGCAACAACAGCAGUUACAACAAAACAUGAUGCAUAACGGUAUGGGCAACUAA